GGAAAAAAUCAGUUGAAGAAGAAGUGGUGUCGUAUCAUAGUUUAGCUAAUAGAGACAGAGACAGACAGACGGAGAGACAGGCAGAGAGAGAGAGACAGGCAGACAGACAGAGAGACAGACAGGCUGGCAGAGAGACAGACAGAGAGAGAGAGAGAGAGGCAGACAGACAGGAGGUGUAGUCCAUGACAGCUGAUCCGUCCAACAACACCGCCACAACUCUUCUUCGCUCGCUGUCCGUCCUGCUCUUCUUAUGACAGCCAUCACACCCGGCGGUCACGUCGCACUAUGUUCGAGGAUCCUGAACUCCAAGAUCCGUUGAGUCUCGGGGAAAAUGAUGACGAGCUGAACUUGCCACAUCACGAUCCCAAAAAAGCACAAGCAAGUCCUGACUAUGAUUGUGAGACACCGGAGAUUCAUGUCAUCAUCAAAGAGGAAGAGGACGGCUGGACUGUGAGUGAUAAUCAUGAGAGUUACUGCUCAGGGGGAGAGAAAGAAGAAACUUCAUCACAAAGGAAAGACAGCUCCAGUUCAAACGAUGAAAAGCGACUUCAGAGAGUUAAUCCAGUGGAGAACGGCUCAGAGGAGUCGAGUGGCCCUGCUCUCUACGACCAGAGCUCCUCUGCCAGAGACGGGCGGAAGAGACACAUACUCAUUGACUCUGAUGCCAAACCUGAGCUCUCCUGUGUUUACUGGAAGGUGCCGGAACAUGAGACGGUGGAUGAGGGCAGUAACACAGGAGAGAAAUCUUUUUCCUUCCCUGUCUGUGAGACGGCCCUCAGUCACAACAGGAACAUGAGCUCCCGCCAGAGAACACAAGCUGAGGACGGCUGUUGUGUCCUGGACCAAAGCGUACAACAAAGCACAUCUUUGCCAACAGAGGCGGAACUACAUGAGACCAAAACACCAGCACUUUCCCAAACAGAUUCACCUGAACACAAGCCCCUUGCAUCACAUGGACUCAAAAGGGCAUCUGCAAACCUGGAAGGACAAACCCUCCACCUGACUGUUCGUCUGCAGGCCGGGGAGGAGGAGGAGCAAGAUGACCAAAUCGGAGGUUUAAUCAACUCCGAUGGAGAAGUGGUCGAAUGGGAUGCAAGUCCUGACCGACGCUCUGAUUGCACAGAAGCUCCUCAGCAGAGCAAGGGUGACAGCUUGUCCGAGUCUCAGCUGCAAAGCCAAAGCCAGAGAGACAACAGUAGUCCAACGCUCAUCAUGGAAGUUGUGUCUGUGGGAGACGAUGAAGAAAGGGAAGAAGGGGAGGAGAAAGAGAGAGUAGUAAAGAUGGCAACCGUUUCCCCUUUUUACCGUGGAAAGAGACACAGAAGAAAGAAAAAGGUUUCAGAAAUAAAAUCCCGGAGCGUCUCUGAUAAACAGGUUCCUGCAAAUCCUGCAAAGAGAAGAGGCAGAAGAAAGAUUUCAGAAACACCAGCGUUGUCUGAAGAUUUGGAGGCAGAGCCUGGAAUAUCAAGGCGCACCCGAAGAAAGAUCAAUUUCCCCACCGUAGUGGAAUCAGAAACUCCAAACCCCAAAACUGUCCCUCGUGCCACAGCAAAGCGACCUUACAAAAGACGGAAAGAAUCCAAACAAUCUGCUGAAGGAGGUGGAAAAACUGGGAAGAAGAACCGCGGCAGGAAGAUGGUUUGUGUGCCAGUGGAAAUACCUCCUGAGCUGCUGAAGACGCCCAAAGAAAAGAUCGAGUACCACUGCUCCGUGUGUGGCAAGGAAUUUCCUCAUGCCUACAAACUGGAGAGACACGAGCUGGUCCACACCGGAGAGAAACCGUACAACUGCUCCAUCUGUGGCCGGGGCUUCAACCAGAAGGGAAACCUCAAAACGCACUACAAAGUCCACUUAGGUAGUAAAGGCGUCGUGGACUUUGACGAUGAGGUGAAUCCCAUCGCGUCUGAACUCUCUGAAUACUUAAAGUCUCUGCCGGGGGAGUCCAGGAUCAGAUCGUCCCUCCAUUGCCUGGACUGUGGAAAAGACUUCGAGAGUCAGUCUGCUUUACAAGCUCACCACAUUACCGCACACACACCGACAGCUGCUGAACCGGACGCCGUCGAGCACAGCACAUCGCAGCUUCUCUUCUGCCGCCGCUGUGGUGUUCAGUUCGACGAAAAAGAAAAGCUGGAAGAACACAUGAAAUCGCACGUGAAGGAGAAGCCCUACCCGUGUCCUGACUGUGGCAAGAGGUUCAUCAAUGAGAGCUACAUCCAAAUCCACCAGCGCAUCCACACCGGGGAGAGGCCGUUCCUCUGCUCGCAGUGCGGCAGAGGCUUCCACACGGCUUCCUCUCUCAAGCUGCAUGAGAUGCAGCACUCCGAGGAACGGCCGUUCGCGUGUUCCAUUUGCGGGAAGACGUUCCGGAUAAACUCUUACCUGACAGCACACUACCAGACCCACAUUAAAGACAGGCCCUUCAUCUGUAGUGUGUGUGGGAAAGGCUACUCUCGAGCCGAGGAGCUGAAGGUGCACCACAGGCUUCACACCGGAGAGAGACCCUACGAGUGCGGAGAAUGUGGGAAGAGCUUCAUUUACCGCCAGGGUCUGCGGCAGCACCAGCGCACACAUGCUGGAAGACGCAUCGGACCGACCAGACAGCUUGGCAGACCGAAGCAGCCGGCCCAACUGGACGAAGAAUCAUCUGCAUCUGUCCUCUGCCGAUGUGGAACCACGUCUAAUCAUGUACCCGAGUGCAACACAAGUGCCAGUGAUGUCUCUAGAAACCGACCCGGACGUGCCGACAGAAGGGACUGUGCUCGAGAUCAGAGCAUAUCUGAGACUGAAUGGGAAAUAGUUUCAGUACAGACUCAAACUGGGGAGGAAGAGAGUCAAGAAGCUUCUGAGGUCACAGUUCAGACGAGAGAAGGAUUCACACUUUGUCCUGGUGACAAGGACGAUCCCCCGGCAGCAGAAAAACCUGGAACACAACACACGAUUUGGAGGAAACAGCUCAGAACUCAAAGUCAUCUAUGCCAAAAGGCCAAGAAACACAGAGGUGGUGUUAAACCGUACAAAUGUGUCCACUGUCGGAAGCGGUUCACAUCUCAAAACCCUCUAAUCCUGCACCUACGAAGUCACUCGGUGAGGAAGCCGUUUGUCUGCCCGGUCUGUGGGAUGAACUUUUAUCUGAUAAGACACGUCAAGUCUCAUUUGAGCACACACACUACAAAGACCAGCGUCAUGUCGAAGGUGCAAGAGGAAGCAGAGACAGAAAACUCAGGAGGAGAAUGGAAUCCGACCAACUCUGCGCCGCCCUCAGAGCUGGAUCUCAGUUCACAUCAGCCACAGGACGCCACAUCAGAGAAAACGCUCCUGAGCGAGAGAGCUGCAGAGAUUAUUUACCACGUUGAGCCGACUCCUACAAAACCGGCCCGGGAUCACAGCUCAGCACCUGAAGGACAAACUCCAGAACGGCUGGAAUCUGAGGAUGAACAGCCUCUGGAAAAUCCUUCAGUGGAGCCGAGACAAUACCAGGGGCCGCACAGACCCAAGGAGAAGGCCAACUGUCCCACCUGUGGAAAAGUCUUCCCUCACAACUCGGGUCUGAGGCGACACCUUGUGAUUCACUCGGGCAAAAAACCAUACAAGUGCUUCAUAUGUGGAAGAGGAUUCACCCAGAGCGGAAACCUCAAGACUCACAUGAAGGUCCACAAAGGAGAGGUAAAGAUUUGGUCAUUAGUUCGAGAGACUCCCCCGAAAGCCGCUCCUGUGACAGUUCAUGUGUGUGGAGAGUGUGGGAUGGAGUUCCCUCAGAAACAACAGCUGGAAGAACACAGAGACACUCACAAAAAGCCUUACGCGUGUCCUGACUGCACAAAGACAUUCAAAGACAAAUAUUAUUUAAAACAGCACAUGCGCACUCACGCCGUAGAGCCAACUUUUCUCUGUCCAGAAUGCGGAAAGAGCUGCAUCUCUGCAGGAUCUCUCCGAAAACACGAGUUGACGCACACUGGAGAGAAGAAUUUCCAGUGUGUCCAGUGUGGGAGGACAUUUGCACAAUCCUCCCACCUCAACGUGCACCUGAAAACUCACACCGGCGAGCGACCUCAUCUCUGCUCAAUCUGCGGCAAAAGCUACGCCAGAGCAUCGGCUCUGAAAGUUCACCUACGAGUUCACACCGGAGAGAAACCCUACACGUGUGAUAAGUGUGGCAAGUGCUUCCAUUACGAUCAAGGUUAUCGAAAGCAUCUGAAGAAUCACAACAAGAAGCCAAAGCCCCAGACAAAACCUCUGGGGAGACCGAAACAGCAACCGUUAGUGGUAAAUAAUCAAUACGACUUUGGACCAGCUGUGAUCCUCGCGGAGGAAGAUCACCAAGAAAUAGGAGGUCUGAUCAACUCCGACGGGGAGGAAGUCGAUUACUCAGAUCUCGGAGAGAGUGCCGUCCCCGGUAUCGAACUUGCGGAGUCUCCCUCAAAGACAUUCGAUCUCACAGAGAAUGAAAAACCAGCCUCUCUUCACAGCUGCUCAGUGUGCGGCAAAGACUUUCCCUACGCCUCCAAGCUUCAACGCCACCUACGCACUCACUCCGGAGAGAGGCCCUUCCCCUGCUCCAUGUGCGAGAAGAGAUUUCCAGAGAAGGGGCUGCUCAUGAUCCACGAAAGGGUCCACACGGGGGAGAAGCCGUUCCCAUGCACUUUCUGCGAGAAGCGGUUUGCGAGUCAGGGGGAGCUCCGGCUCCACCGGCGGACGCACACCGGCGAGAGGCCGUAUCACUGCUCCAUCUGCCUGAAGAGCUUCUCUCGUCACUGGCACCUGAAAACACACUUAGAGGCGAUGCACUCAGAGGUCGUCGCCGGCUUCACCAGGAAGAAGUUUCCGUGUUCGGACUGCGAUAAGAGCUGCAACUCAGCGGCCGAGCUGAGGGAUCAUCAGAGGACUCACACUGGAGAGAGGCCCUACCAGUGCUCUUUCUGCGACAAACGUUUUGCCUUGUCCGGUACUCUGGUGAGACAUGAGCGUCUCCACACCGGCAUUACACCGUACCACUGCUCUGACUGUGGGAAGACAUUCGCGCAGCAGUGGACGCUGACAACACACAUGCGGACGCACACAGGAGAGAAACCCUACAGCUGCAAACAGUGCGACAAGUCUUUUGUAGCUCCCGGGGAGCUGCGGAGACACACCAGGAUUCACACCGGGGAGAAGCCGUACACCUGCAGCGACUGCGGCAGGCACUUCUCUCUGGCAGGAACUCUCAGAAACCACAAGCGCUCAUGUACACAGAACAAAAGUGAAUCCGAUACGGGCGUCAUCUCAGACCGGGGUCAAGCUCCAGUUGGUGAAUCGUCCCAGGAAGACCUGACCGACAACAUCAGUGCUGAGAUGUCAGACACACAGAGUUCACCCAGUUCAGCGGAGCCCUGUCCUCUGGAGAGUCUCAACCGUGACAAAGCAGCUCAGUGUGAAAAUACCCAGAGGGAACCAGAGGAGCAGCAGGGGGAGGAGCAGCAGGAGGCGCAGCAGGAGGUGGCAGCGUCCAGUCCACAAAUGAAUGUAAUCGUGAAGGAGGAGGAAGAAGAGGAACCUUUGUGUGGAGAAGAAGCUCCUGAGCAGAUGUCUGGGAGUGAAGAUUGUACCAUGACAGAGGAAACCGAGGAGGAGGAGGACGAGGAGGAGGAGGAGAGGCAGCAGGAGCAGGAGGAGGAGAAGGAGGAGGAGAGCAGCACAGAUAUCAGGAUUAAAGUGAAAGAAGAAGAGGAACCUGAUAACAUGUCUGAAGAGGAUCCCGAUUGUGUUGCUAGCAGUGAAAAAGACAGUCCUCCAUCAUCACCAGUGCAGGAUCCUUUGACAAACAAUCAGACAAAGAGCUCCUACUGCUGUGGGCUCUGUGGAAGAGACUGUCACAAGAUGUCCGCGCUGCAGAUCCACAUGAGAAUCCACUCGGGAGAGAAACCUUUUCAGUGCUCCCUGUGUGGGAAGCAGUUCACCCAGAAAGGUCAACUCAAAGGUCACCAGAAAGUCCACACGGGGGAGAAACCUUUCUCCUGCCCGGACUGCGGGAAGAGCUUCGCCCAUUCGGGGGCCAUGAACAGACACCGACUCACGCACACGGGGGAGAGGCCUUACCAGUGCUCCGUGUGCGACAGGAGCUUCAACCAGUCCGGCCGCUUGAGGGAGCACGAGAAAAUCCACUUCGGGGAGAAGUUCGACUGCCCCGAGUGCGAAAAGAGUUUCACGCGAGCGUCGAGCCUCAAGAACCAUUUCAGGCUCCACACGGGGGAGAGGCCGUACGGCUGCGACAUCUGUGGGAGAGGAUUCAGCCGCUCACAGAGCCUGAGGCUGCACAAACGUAAACAUGAGCUGAUACAGACUGAGGAGGAGUCUGCGUCCAGUGUGAAGAACGAUGACUUCUCCCAGAGCGACGAUGACUCUCCUAUCAAUAUGUGUAUAACGGACAAAAACGACUUGUAAUGUAUUUAUGUAAACCAUACAGGUACGUGCCAGUAGUACUAUGAAAGUACAGGAGUUCAGGCAGUUGAACAGGAACUGAGCGAGAAGUAACUACCUCUGUGUAUAGACAGUUAUUAAACCUAUAUGUGGUGAUUUCACCCAAAAAGUAUUUAAGCUAAAACAUAUUUAACUCCCAGAAAAUACAAAUGAAGAAACGGACACAAAACAUGUUGAUGGUCAGCAGCAGGCGACACUGAUACAAUGAUGAUGGACCACAAAUACAACUCCAUAAAAAAUCUCGGGAACUGUUUAGACGAUAAAUUGUAGACGUCAUACUUGCUCUUGUUUAUCACUCUUACCUAUAUUAGUUGCAUUUGAACAUCAUAGUAUUUAUGGUAGUACAAAUGUGUCAUUUAAGGUUUGUGAUUUCACUUUGUCCAUGCAGUAUUCUUAUUGAAAUUAAUAGUGUAUGUGGAAAUUGGACUGAAGAAUAGUUGAUGUUUUUGUACCUGAUGUUGCUGUGGCCAAUGAGAUGUGAAGGAAUCAGGUGAAACUCGAUUUCAUUCUUUGGUUAAGGUGCCCGAUGAAAUGUAACAUAACAGUGGGAUCCUUAAUAUUCAUCCGGUGCUUGCCAAAAACCGUUUUGCCUUAGUUGUGAUGAACUCUUAUCUCUGUUUUGAUUUGCAGUCAUUCAAGAUCCAAAUUGUGAAUCAGGUUCACCUGGUUUAAAAUGUUCUUAAAGGCCAAGUCACUGUUGUGAAUAGAGGAAUUCAUUGUGAUGCAAAAGCCGAUAAUUUGAAGCCAUGUAGAUGCUUCAGUUUGCCCCGUGCUGCAUCUGUCUAAUUGUAUGGAACAUGUUAUUCUGAACAAUAAAAGUAUAAAUACCA